UCCCCGGAUGAAUGCAGUAUGGCGAAAGGCGGGAAGAUGGUGAGCAGCCCAGAAACCGUCGGGAUGAAUUAUGGCGGCUACAUGGAAGAGAAGCACAUGCCACCCCCGAACAUGACCACCAGCGAGCGCAGGGUCAUCGUCCCGGCAGACCCUACGCUGUGGAGUACAGACCACGUCCGGCAGUGGCUGGAGUGGGCAGUGAAAGAAUAUGGCCUUCCCGACGUGGACAUCUUGCUCUUCCAGAAUAUCGACGGGAAGGAACUGUGCAAGAUGACCAAAGAUGACUUCCAGAGGCUCACACCGAGCUACAAUGCCGACAUCCUGCUCUCCCACCUGCACUACCUCAGAGAGACUCCUCUUCCACAUUUGACUUCAGAUGAUGUUGAUAAAGCCUUACAAAACUCUCCACGGUUAAUGCAUGCUAGAAACACAGGGGGUGCAGCUUUUAUUUUCCCAAAUACUUCAGUAUAUCCCGAAGCUACGCAAAGAAUUACAACUAGGCCAGAUUUACCUUAUGAACCACCCAGGAGAUCAGCCUGGACUGGUCAUGGCCACCCCACCCCCCCAUCAAAAGCUGCUCAACCGUCUCCUUCCACAGUGCCCAAAACUGAAGACCAGCGUCCUCAGUUAGAUCCUUAUCAGAUUCUUGGACCAACAAGUAGCCGCCUUGCAAAUCCAGGGAGCGGACAGAUCCAGCUCUGGCAGUUUCUCCUGGAGCUGCUGUCCGAUAGCUCCAACUCCAACUGCAUCACCUGGGAAGGCACCAACGGCGAAUUCAAGAUGACGGACCCUGAUGAGGUGGCCCGGCGCUGGGGAGAGCGGAAGAGCAAACCCAACAUGAACUAUGACAAACUCAGCCGCGCCCUCCGAUACUACUAUGACAAGAACAUCAUGACCAAGGUCCACGGGAAGCGCUAUGCCUACAAGUUUGACUUCCAUGGCAUCGCCCAGGCCCUGCAGCCCCACCCUCCUGAGUCCUCCCUGUACAAGUACCCCUCGGACCUCCCCUACAUGGGCUCCUAUCACGCCCACCCGCAGAAGAUGAACUUUGUGGCCCCCCACCCUCCGGCCCUACCUGUGACAUCAUCCAGUUUUUUUGCUGCCCCAAACCCAUACUGGAAUUCUCCCACUGGAGGCAUAUACCCGAACACGCGGCUGCCAGCCAGCCACAUGCCUUCCCAUCUGGGCACUUACUACUAAAGACCUGAGACAGGCCUUUCCCAACGACAUGCAAUCGCCAAUAAAUUGCCACAAACUCUAAUGGAGAACAUGAAUCAAAAGUGCCUCAAAAGGAAUGAAAAUGCUUGACUAGGGCUGGGAAAGGAAGGCAGGGGAAAUAUCCAAAGACUCUUAGGGGGAGGGAAAAAGUGUUGCUUAACUGUUAGGUCAAAAUGGGGAGGAUGCUAGAAAUGUAAUGUAUAUGGACAUACAGUGUGUGGACUGACCUUGUGAAAGACAUUGUAAAUAGAAGCAGGAAGUCGUAAGGACAAAGUGCCAAAGAGUGCUCCUCAGCAGCGUGUGGACCCGAGAACAGGGCAAGGGUCCUGCUGACGCAAACUGGGAUCAACUGAAAGCCAUAGACGUAAGGAUGGUCUCAACCUAACGUACAGUCAAUCAUGCCAUUUUAAGGGAAACUACCUGUAUUUAAACAUAGAAACAUAUCAAAAAGAAAAAAGAACAAAGACGAGAGACAGUGGCCCAUCGGCAGACACUGAUGCGGGACUCAUCCACACUUACUGUUUUAGGUGAGAUCACAUUCAUUCCAUUGGAUGGAGAGCUACCAGCUCUCUCACACUGUGAAGCCAACCCGAAGUCUCCAACCUUACAGUAUUACAGGAACUCUGAGCCGAGCAGAGGGACCGAGGACGUGGAUGGAGAGUGGGUGUGUGGGUGCAGACUGAGGGGUGGUGGAGGUGGAAGACGAGGCAGCAGAGAAGGAGGGGUAAGGACUGGGAAAGAAACUUCUCAAGCCGUCAAGACUGGACUUAGGGCAGUUCUGGGAGCAUGGAGAGGGCGUCAUGGAGCCUUGAGGUUUGACGCAGUCAGUGUUAGGCCAAACCCAGGGUCAUGAGGAAGGACACAGCGUCAUGGAGGAAGGGGACGUGGUAGAAUUCAGAAACAAAAAUAUGCAUCUCUUUUGCUUGUUUGUUUGUCAAAAGAAAAAUUUAACUGGAAUUGUCUGAUAUUUAAAAGAAACAUUCAGGACCUCAUCAUCACGUGGGGGCUCUUUUCCCCCGAGGGUCAGGUAAGAGAACGCCUUCUUGGCUGCCACCAUCCAGAAUCACCCAGGCGUUUGGGUUACGGGCUCCUGUUUUCCUUUUGAGUCGCGAACGCUGUGCGUUUGUCAGAAUGAAGUAUACAAGUCAAUGGGUUUUUUUUUCCUUUUUAUAUAAUAAUUAUAUAACUUAUGCAUUUAUACACUACGAGUUGAUCUCGGCCAGCCAAAGAUACACAACAAAAGAGACAAUCAACGAUAUAAUGUGGCCUUGAAUUUUAACUCUGUAUGCUUAAUGUUUACAAUACGAAGUUAUUAGUUCUUAGAAUGCAGAAUGUAUGUAAUAAAAUAAGCUUGGCCUAGCAUGGCAAAUCAGAUCUAUGCAGGAGUCUGCAUUUGCACUUUUUCAGUGACUAAAGUUGCCUAAUCGAAACUUGUGCUGAAUGUUUGGGUUUUAUGUUAGAAUUUUAUUCUGACUACAAACUUGUACCAGUGAGAACCAAGCAAACAGGAUGUUUGGUGCCCAGACAGCAGUGGCCUCUGCAGAUCCUUCUUGCCCACUCUUUUAUGCCUCACCCCUGCUGGAGCAGAAGGAUCAGAGGUUUCAUGUCCAAGCCUCCAUACUGAGGCCUCAAAUGGAAAGAGGCCUCUAACGCUGAAGUCAUAAUUGAGCAAUUCCAGAUCAGCACCCAGUCACAAGUCACCCUUAAUUCCUGCUAUGAUCACAAAAUAUUUGUCAAAGGGUGAACAAGCUAUUGCUCUUAAUACAAAUUGUAUUAUUGUUGGUAGAUAAAGCAUCAUGGCUACUGCGAUUUCUUGCUUUAAAGAGACAAGGGACAGCUUCUAAAUUUGCCAUUUGACUUUUAUUUCCGAGGCUGACCAGCUGACUGUUCCAUUAACCUUCCCACAGCGGGAUAACCUGGGCACCAUGGUUUGGGAUUCACCAGCCCUGAGCCUGACAUAUGAGCAGACACUGUUCAUUCUUAUGAUCUCGAGUCAGUUCCCCUUGACAUCUCUUCUCUUCUGUGUGUCACAAACGCUGCCAAUCUUGACCAAGGCAGUUUGAGAGGGAGAACACACAGCAGUGUGAAAGGGAGCCAGCCUGAGCAGCUCCUCAGCCAGAGUCAGUUUCUGAAUUGGCCCAUUUCAUAGCUGUCUGGGGGCUUGUUUUGCACUUUGUAAUCCUUUUGCUAUGAUUAAAUGAAGUUGCCAAACCUCUGUGCUAUGGGUAUUUUGGCAGUGGUCUUUAAAGUCGGUAGGAUCCGAUUACCAAAGCUUCAGACACUCGGCAUUACUUGGAUGGAUUAAAAGAAAUCCAACUAUCAGUCAUUUUGCCACAGCUUGGGAGAGGGCCACAGCAUGCCUGUAUCUCCUUAGGGAAAAUAAAGAAAUGAAUAAAUGCUUAAAAGCUGGCAGCUGGUGUGACCCAAACUGUCCUAAUGGAAAAGAUCACUCACUUUAUUUUGGAAUGCCAAGUCAAGGCACACCUACGUUCUGCAUAUAAAUGCAAAUCUACUCAGGUUCCACUCAAUCCCACUCUUUCAAGAUUGUAUCAUGAGAAAAAUAAUAAAAAUAAGACAUGAUUAUCAUA